AUGAAGAUUUUUGGAACUCCAAAACGAACAAUGGACUUAGUCCCGAACAGAGAGUCUCCAAUCUUCAAUGAGAUUGACAGCAUGCCAGAAGAAAAAGGUGAUGCUUACAAGCUUAAAUUAUGCUUUUGUCCUUUUUGUCAAGUUGGUAUAAAAGCGCUAGGACUGGAUAAACCAGAAAAUCACAAAAAAGUUGUGUCGUGGCAACUACUCUGUCGUGCUGUAAUGUAUUCUCUCUCAGUGUUGAAUGCCCCUCGACUCUAUUUUUCCUUGAAGAAGGAUGUUUAUUGGUUUAUAUCCGAUCAUUGGUACUGCUUUGGGAAGAUGGCUCAGUUUACCACAAGUCCCUCAAAAUGGAAGAAGUCUUUGUUGGAUGCUCUGUCGCAUUCCACUCUUUUUGAGAGUGGUACCAAUUCAUUAAGGAAAACGGGAAUGUGGAAAUUAACACAUGCUACCCCACCUUGGGAUGUUCAAACCACCCCAAUAGAAAAGGAAAUUAUUAUCGAACCAAAGCCAAUCAAAGAUGUUGAAGUGAAGGAAAGGAAAGUGUUGAAAGUAGACAAGAAGCGAAUCAAGGACAUUAAAGAUGAAGUAUUAAGUAAAUUUUCUCAGGAGGAGAAUAAACAGAAUGUGAAGAAACAGUGUGAAGAUGCUUUAGUGCUGUAUCAAAAAGCGUAUGAUCAGAUGGAAGCGGAAACUAAGUCAUCACAAGUAGAUGAAGUUCUAAUAGGACAAAUGAAAGAGAUGAAAAGUGUUAUGAAAAUGGUCAUGUCGAUAAUCACGUCACUUGAUGAUAAGAAGGACGAACAAAAUGCUGUUCUACUUGUUCAUAGUGUUAAUUAA